CUGGGGUCGCUGCCCCCUCGGCAGCAGGAAGUGAAUCGGCCUCGCUCCGCAGUGACUCCGGAGCCCGGGGCUGCAGCCGGGAGAGGGGCCGCUGCAGCCGGGACAGUCUCCAGCCCGGCCGGGACCCCCCCUCCCCGGCCCUGCUCCCGGGGGGGGGGCCGGCUGGGGGGGGGAAGGCUGAAGAAUCACGUCCGCUUUUCGCUGCAGGUCGUCCCAUCUUCCAGGAGACGAGGAAGAGAACUGGCUGCGGUGUAGCCCGCUCAGACACUCCGCCAUCGGAAAUGGAGAGGGACUGUUGGAAGAGGCUGUUGUCAUAUACAAAGGCAAACGUGACUCUGGAUCCAGACACGGCCCAUCCCAUCCUCGUUGUGUCUGAGGAUGGGAAAAGUGUGAGACGAGCAGACACGUUGCAGGACCUGCCGGACACGCCGGAGAGAUUUGACACAUGUCACUGCGUGCUGGGCUCGGAGGGGUUCACCUCGGGGCGACGUUACUGGGAGGUGGAGGUGGGGAAUGGGAAAUACUGGGCUGUGGGGGUGGCCAGAGAGUCUGUGAGGAGGAAGGGACGGAUCAGCCCUAGCCCUGAGGAGGGGAUCUGGUCUAUGGGGAUAAACGGGGUUAAGGGGCAUUGUAAAGUGUACCAUUUUUUCUCCUCCCCUGGCACCCGUUUGAUCUCGUGGGAUAACAUAAAGAGGAUAGGGGUUUCUCUAGAUUACGAAGCGGGGCAGGUGGCAUUUUUGGAUGCUGAUUGGAAGUCCCUGUUGUUCUCUUUCCCUCCAGCCUCUUACAAUGGGGAGAGGAUCCACCCUUUCUUCUGGGUGCGGGGAUCCCAGCUCGGACUGUGUCCUUGAGACAAGGGGCUGGGGAGAUGGGGAGUGUCCCCCUGGGAAUGAUAAAAUGGGCUUCUCUAGCCUCCAAGAUCCCAACCCCUGCGUCCCUGGAGGACUCCCAUCUCUCCGAGCCCCUGGACCGCUCCUCUCCCCUAAACGGCAGUGUCUCAGCGUGCCCAUAAAGAGCCGGCUGGGGCCUGGCCAGAGAAUCUCCUUGCAGCAGGUGUCCCCCGGCCCAUGUCUCACCGCGCUGGGUGGCUCUGGAGGGCUCUAGCGGGGCUGCCCAGGCUUGGAACCAGCAUCCAAGUAGGUCCAGCGCCACCCAGGAGCGGUCAGACCCGGCACGGGGACCCCCUUAAUUCUUUGGGCCACGGAGCCCCUGGCUGGGUGAAUUCUGCGGGGGGAGGAUUUUGGGGGUAGGAGGCUGAGUUUUGUCUGGGGCUGCCGGUGGGGCAGCUGCUGGGUUUCUGUGAUGGGGUUUUCUGAGGAGCUGAAGGGAAUUAGGCACCCAAAUCCCUUUGUAAUUCCCUCCCUGCGGCUCUGUUGGAAAUCCCAGCUGUGCAGUGUAAGCUCUUCUCCGAGUUCAGAGCAAUCUGGAUAAAGAUAAAGAUCGCUCCAUAAGA